CCUCGUGUGUAGUUCAUCUAGAUAAGACACAGUCACUUUAAAAGAUUCAUUGUGAAGAUGGGACUGUCCGGUAACAGCAAUGGCAAGGACGAGUCCACUGAGCCACACGCACAGUUCCUUCCCUUGAGUAAGCCGCACGACGCUACCAACAUGUCCAGCGGCAAUACCUCCCAGCGAUGUUCCGGACUCCGGACAUUGCUCCGGAAGAUGGCCAAACCUUGCUGGAUAGACUACCACAAAAUGCCGCCUAAUCCCAGCCGGAUGGAGAGGGUGCGGUAUUCCUUGAUGUGCCCCCCGCAUGGGCCCGUGUCCCGGUUCCUAACACUCGUCCUGGCGGUGCUGCUAAUCUGGGGAGCCAUUUGGUCCAUCACUCUGAAACAGGCUCUCCCCGGAGGAAACUUUUUCGGCAUUCUGCUACUGGUGGUAUUAUGUAUGGUCGGAGGGGAAUUGGUCGGGAAAAUACGGCUUCCGCCUCUGUUAGGUAUGCUUCUUGUCGGCUGUCUCCUCAGAAACGUUCCCGUGGUGAACUAUGGAAAGGACAUCGACAGGUACUGGGCCUCGGGGCUAAGGACGAUAGCUCUCUGUGUAAUUUUAAUCCGUGCCGGACUCGGGCUCGAUCCGAAAGCUCUGAAAAAGACGUUUGGCAUCGCAUUCCGGUUGGCUGCCAUACCGGGAUGGGUUGAAUGUGGUAUUGACGGAAUUGUCGCCCAUUAUCUGCUCGGUUUGCCUUGGUUGUGGGCCUUUGUUCUCGGGUUCGUCAUGUCAGCCGUGUCGCCUGCUGUUGUGGUACCCAGUAUGAUAGGGCUGCAGGAGAAAGGCCUAGGGGUCGGGGAGGGAAUCCCCACUCUGUUGAUCGCGGGAGCGUCUCUGAAUGACGUAGUGGCCAUUAGCGGCUUUGGCAUUACCUUGGGAAUUGCAUUCUCUAAAGCUGAUUUGGUGUACACUAUUCUUCAUGGCCCCCUGGAAGCUAUCAUCGGAAUUGCCUGGGGAGUCAUCUUUGGGGUGGUAUUGUGGUAUAUUCCUGCUAAAAAGCACGAAUCUAAAGUCAUCUUCCGCACUAUUUUAAUAUGUGGUGGAGGUAUAUUUGCCCUGUUUGGGAGCCGUGCUGCUCAUUUCCCCGGUGCAGGCGCACUGGGAACUUUAAUAAUGGCGUUCGUAGCUGGACUAGGAUGGCGGAAGGAAGGUUGGGUAGCCGGAAGCAACCCCGUGGGAGAAAUUCUAGUCAAAGUGUGGCGGGUUUUCCAACCAUUGUUAUUUGGUCUGAUUGGCAAUGAAAUAGACAUCAAUAAACUUGACGGGAGUGUAGUUGGUCUUGGAAUCGCUAUGCUGUUUAUCGGACUCAUUCUCAGAACUAUCGUCGCCUUCUUCUCAGCUUUUGGUUACACAUUCAACAUGAAGGAAAAGUUCUUCAUCGCCUUGUCCUGGUUACCCAAGGCAACAGUACAGGCUGCCAUUGGUCCAGUAGCCUUGGAUACCGCGCGAGAAAUAGGUGCUGACGAAGAAACUAUUCAGACAGCAAUGAAGAUUUUGGCCAUGGCCGUCCUAUCCAUAAUCAUCACGGCUCCUAUUGGGGCGGCGGCCAUUGCUUUGUCUGCGCCUCGGUUACUUAAAAAAGUUGAACUUGGAGAAGAAAUGGUAAAGAUGACAUCUGCGGAUCGGAAUGAGAAUAUGGACGAAAAAACGGGCUCGCUUGAACCUUGAAUUUCUGCCUAUAGGCUCAUCACAAAAAAUACAUUUACAUGACUUGUAAAUCAUGCCAGCUCAUUUGAUGGAACCAGAUAUAGCCGUUUGUUGCCACGAUUUCUGAGUUUAUUUAUACAAGUGUGUGCGUUUAAUGUUAUUGGGAUACUUCCAUGCGAACUGGGCUUCAAAUACACGAUCAAGCAGAAACUGGUCUGAAUAGGUUUGUUAUGUAUAUGACAUUAUAUUUUGCUUACUGUAUGCUCCAUUGUCCUAGCCUGACAAUCAGCCUAUUCGGUUCAAUGGCAUAUAGACUUUGACAGAAUCGUCCAGUGUUUGAGGUGGUAGAUUUUGACGCAACCGUAAAAUAUCGGAAAUGGUACGCAACCAAGUGUGUAGAGGGUGUAUUUUUACGAAAGUUUUCUGUAACAUCACAAGUCGCUCAAUAGAUUUCUGGUAUUCCAUAUAGACGAUUAAUAUGUAUUAGUUGUUCUGGUUCUCGCAUCUCGCGAGAUUUGACGAAGGUUAUUCAGAGUCAUUUUAAUCUACACUAUACUCAAGGAGACGAUGCAGAUGCCAAAGUGUUUUUAUACCCAGGGAACCAUUAUUUCCAUUACGUUUCAAAUGCUGUACACUUUUGCCAGAGUUCUUCUAUCACUGUGUGGAGUGAACAUUAAAGGGGUAGGAAUCAUAUCAUAGUUUUAAUCAAUCCAACUGUUUGCCCUGAAAACGGCCAGCCAUGUUCUCAUGUUCAACUCCACAUCUAAAGGAUUCAAAAAAUGCUUUUAUUUGUUAAUAUGGAGUUUAGCAUAUGGCCAAACUAGUCUAAUAAAUUGCAAUUAACAUCGCUGCGCUUCUUUUUACCUAACUCCGCUUAAGCCACGGUGGUAGGGGGGUGUGUAAGUCGUUACUGUUUAUGUAUUUUCAUGAACAGUCAGAAUAGAACUCUGACCGAGGUAACCUAACAAUGGACUGUAUUUCAACACUUGCGUGCGACCAUUUGCCAGCUAUCACACUGUCGUCGCUGCUCAGGUUUUAAUCUCUGUGUUGUACGUCUUUAAUUAUAUUAUAUAAAAAUACCAAAAAAAAACAUGAUUCUCAGCUUUGUUCUUGGGGCGUAAAAGUGGCUUCAACCUACAGUUGUCUAAGGUGCUGACGGCAUCCUUGAUAGCUGUCAAAACAACUUGAUGGAAGAGUCCGAAUAGGGCACACUAUGCUGGCCCCGCAUUCCCAGUAUGCUUAUUGAUGACGUCAUUUUCGAAAUUUCCCACCAUUGACGGAAACUAUGCGUAAAAUUGAGACUUUAUUCAGAAAUAUUUUUUUUUUGUUUUGUAAAAAAAGUUCCUUCACAUUUCUUAAAACCGUGGUUUAAAACUCUUGGUUUUAUAAAACCUUUUUAUAUACCCUUUAAGAGGCUAUACCGAAAAUUUUGGGCAAAAUAAUUCAUCAGAGCAAAUCUAAUCGAUUGUUUAUUAUUAUUUUCGAAUAGCCCAAAGAAUUACCUUUCAAAAGUCUCGUCUUUUUAAAAUAUUUCUAAAACGGGUAUGAUCAUUUUUCAAUGUUUAGAAUAAAUUUAACAGUAUGAAUAGUGCAGGCAAAACCCUUGUGUUUACUGAAUGCCAAUAAUUUGAGCUGUUUUUUGGUAAAAACAGACAAUAUGUUUUGAUUCUUUACAUAAUCGUUUUAUUCAUUGCCUCGAGGCGGAUAAUAACACUAAAAUAAGUGCUUCAUUUUAAACACAUUUGUAUUACAGUUUAGAAACGCGUUCUGUUACUAUAUUUAAUAAACAUGUGAAAUGUUUAAGUGUUAAUGUGGUGAAUAUUUUCAAUAAACACAAGCAGUCCAGUAAA